CAGACAUCAACAGUUACGUGUGUGCGGAGAUAGGGGGAGGAAGUACCGGAAAGUUCCAUCAUUCUACGUGCUUGUACGUGUCACAAAUAACAGAUAUGAAGAUAAGAGUGACAUCGGUGCCAAGCACCGCGGCCAAAAUAGCUAGCAAUUUAUUGUUAGCUGUGCUGAUCCUCUUCGGGCUGCUGCUGUUUUUCCCCUGGGAUCAGAUGACAGUUCGAAAUGCCAGCAAAUCUAUCCCUGGUUUUAGUGCCCCCAAUCCAGGAAGUUAUUACAAUACGCAGUCUAUUGAAAAAGAUAACGGCUCCCUUCUUCAGAUAAUGGAAGAGCCCACAUCAACUAUAGGCACGACAAAUUUUACGUCGUUGCCGCGUGCUCUCUACCAAAUGGCGAAACCGGUUUUUGACGCCCUACCGGACGAGUUUCUCCCGGGAUACAAAAGCCCCUGCUGGGUGAUACGGACCAACGCCAAGGACAAUAAAAUCAGAUGUCUUCCGUACUUCUACAUUCUUGGGACACCCAAGAGUGGAACCAGCGAUCUCUGGGAUAAGAUCAGUGGACACCCGGACGUGAUAGGGGGGAUUUUGAAGGAACCGCAUUGGUGGACCCGGCGUCGACUGGACGGCGUGUCGUUCGAAUCGUAUCUUCAGGGGCGGUCUACAAAACUAGUCAAUACGUUCAAUCAGGAUGCUUCAAAUAAAGACAAGCUCAUCGUAGGUGAUGGUUCAGCUUCCACAUUAUGGGAUAACCACAAUUGGAUGGAAGCAUUCGGAGUUAGAAAAGAAGGGCCCGAAUUCGUGACCGCACAAAUCUUGCGUGCCGUUCAACCCAAUGCAAAACUAUUUGUGAUACUGAGAGAACCCGUUUCAAGAUUGUACUCUGGCCACCUAUAUUUCCACCGCAAGCCGCAUCCGGGACGAUUUCAUAACGACUCGGUGGAGACCAUAGCCAGGUUUCACAGAUGCACUGCUACCUUGAGCGCCCGCGCGUGUGCAUACACAACCUCGCAACAAAAGGGCGUGCGUCUCAACAUCGGUUUAUACGCCAUUUACAUCAGGGACUGGUUGAAGGUUUUCCCACGUGAUCAGAUGUUUAUUCUACGACUUGAGGACUGGCAUGAGGACUGCACGGAAAUUUUACCAAAUAUCUACGCAUUUUUAAAUCUAAAAAAUUUAUCGGAGGAUAAAAUCAUGGAAAUCUGUCAGUCUCGAACUAUUAAUACCAACCUCAGAACUGCGCAUAAAGUUGGAGACAUGUUCAAUGAAACGCGGACGAUUCUUCAAGAAUUCUAUUCAGGGUGGAACCAAGAACUGAGUGAAUUACUGGGGGAUGAACGCUUCCUGUGGCACUAAUGGUGAAACGAAAGAAGGCACUCAUCUUUUUUUUUACUCCGGAAGGUUCGUUUUUCCAAAGGUUCAAAAUUCCGAAACCCAAAUUUAACUUAUCAAGGGUUUCAAAAUUCCGUUAAUUAAAAAGGGUUCAUAAUUCCGGACAUUUUGUUGCAUUAUUUUGAAGGUUUGUUUAUCUGAAGUUUCAUUAGUCCGAAAAUGAAGUAGGGUUCAUUAUUCCGAACGUUGGUAGUUACAGAAUACGAUAUUGUUCUAUGUAAUUGUUGGGAUUACAAGCCCUAUUUCAUUUUCGGAAAUACGGACCUCCGGGAUGAUGAUACUUCUUCGGGUUAACAAACCUCCAGAAAUAUGAGCCUUCGGAAUUGGGACCAUUCGGAAUGAUGACCAUUCAGAGUGAUGAACCCUCGGAAUCACGUUCGUUCGGAAUAUGAACCUUUGGAAAACGACAUGUAACCUUACGAAAUUAAGUCUCAAGCUCAACAAUAAUACCAGGGUAGAAACUUUGAGACUUCAUCCAGAAUUUAAUUUAGUUUUUCGUGUUUCGUGCGAGUUGUUUUGUCUAGUGGACUGUGGAUCAAGAGAUACGUGGUUCGAAACCCUGUCGCAGCUGCAACGUCAUUUGCUGAGAUAUUAUACAAUUCAUUUUAAAUAGACUUUGUCAUUCAUUUACACGUAAGAAAAAACAGUUGCCGCAUUUUUGCGGCGGUCUACAACACUAUAUCUGUACAAGCCUUAAAGGUAAUAUGUCUCAUUUGCAGGCCCC